AUGGAGCACCUCACCUUCGAGGUGGCCAACUUCAAAACUUCCAAACAUGCCAUCUUUGGCAGGCCUAUGCUCGCGAGGUUCAUGGCAAUUCUGCAUCACACCUACCUCGUCCUCAAGAUGCCAGCUCCAAACAGUGUCCUCUCCAUCUACGGCAUCAUUGAUACAUCAUACAAGUGCGACAUGGAGGCGGUACAGCUCGUUGAAACCCUGGAGUACUCGGCCAAAGCCAUCGACAUGCUCGCCAAGGCCCAGAAGGUGGACCAGAACCAGCUCAUGAUCCCAAAGAUGGAGCCGACGCCCAUAGCGCUGCAGCCCGAUCCAAAUGUCAAGAAGAUCUACCUCGGCCUGGAAGACCCCUCCAAGACAGCCCUCAUUGGGUCCGACCUCUCCCCCAAAUAG